CUCUUCUAGACAAACAAAUAUUUUGAGCUGGAAGUGACGUUUUGGCAAAGCCAGGGAAGUCUGAUUCCAGAGUGUGUGAUGCUUUGUGCCUCCCCCAUCAUUUUGUAACUUUAUGUGGCAAUUAUUACGUUCAUGUCAGUGGCCAAAGGAAGCUCAGCACAGGGCAGGGCAGGGCAGGGCAGCCACCAGGCAGCCAGGGCCGUGCUGCUGCCAAUGUUUGGCACAGCCAAACAAUGCCCAGCUCCACGUCUGGGGUGAAAACAAGUGUCCCCAAGUGAUGGCUGACAAACCUUGUCCUGGGUAUCAAAGCACUUGUGAAAACACUCCAGUGAAAGUGGUUGCCUGACAUUUCUGGCUGUGGUCUCACUGGUUUGGUUCAGGCAGCCUGCGUUUCGGGAGCGAGGGUGUCCCGGGGGCUGCAGGGCUGUGCUGAGGGACAGGCUGUCCAUGGACUGCCCAUCCCCUCUGUGCCUGUGACCCCUGCCCAUGGCACACACAGCCUGGGGGUUCCCUGCACAGCUUUCACUCCCAAUGAAAUAAUUUCCCUACGAGGGAAAUAGAACAGACAAAUUGUGCCUGAGUUCAGCAUGAAAAUCUUAACAUUUUGUAAUAAAUAAAGGCAUCACCUAAAUGGUCAAAUUAAAUGCAAUCUGGUUUUAUUUCAGUAUUUGUUUUCUCUAUCUCCCCCAUCCAGGCUUUACUCUGAGACGCACGCUGCCUGUGCUGCACAUUCUGCAAUCAGAGCAAUCUGGCUCCACUAACGUUUGACCUUGCGAAUUAUGCUCUCAAGCCUAGUAAACAGCUCAUAUGGGUUUGGUUUUCGGGAUGGUAUUUUAGCUUCUCGUAAAUGCUCCCUUUGCCUGGCACUGGGAUGUCACCAGCCAGUGGAAAAUCGGAGAAUAUGCCAAUGUGCUGCUCUGUGCAGGGACAGGGAUGGCAGGUAGGAGGUGAGGCAGGGCUCCCUGGACAGGCCCUUACGGCUCUGAAGGAGCUGCCACUGUGGGUUACGCUGGCAGUAGGGCACGGGAGCCUGGGGAGCACUUCAGGCCCCAUCAGGUGAGCGUGCACAUCUCUCUUACUUCACACCCCAUUCUCGAUAAACAGAAUUAUUGAUGCUGCUAGUGAUUUUGAAUUUUUCUUCCUUUUUUUGUUUUCACUCCUACCACCCCUUCAAAGACAGAGGAAUAGAGCAGGAUUAAGGAAGCACAGUCUGAGGUGUAGUGGUAGAUGCAUACUGCUGCUGUUCGGUGGUGUAACGAAGCUUUGUUUCAGGAAAUUCUCUAGAAGCAGACACAGGCUUCCACAGAGGACUCUAACUGGAUCUAGUUUGCUUCAAAACUUGCCUCUUUGCACGAUUUUCACAGCCAUUAGGGAGAACACAGAGCUGAGUGGGCAAGUUAUUAUACUCUCAGGGUUUUCAUUCUAAGUCUACAUAAUGAUUGACUAUUCUAUAACUUUGGCAUUGGAAGCAGCCUUGGCACCAGUAGUACUGGUACUGCCUUCACGAGUACUGCUCUUCUGUAUUGCCUGGGCCAUGCUUUCACUGGCCAGACACAAAUGUCUAGAUUAAACUGUGCUUAAAGGUAUGUUUUUCUAUUAGAAUUAAAUCCUUUAUUGGACAGAGAGAGACAUAAAUACACAAUACGAUUUUAAUUUCUUCACAGUAUAUUGUACUGGUAAUCUCUGAUGAAAUCUCCUGUCCUAUAAAAGCCGAAUUGCCAUUGUAUUAACCAAUACACUGCGUAGUGAAGAAAUGCUGUGGUUCUAUUCAGUUCUAGACACUGAUGUCACUUUUUUCUUGCCCAGGAGCACUUUGGCAUGCCCAGUAUUUAGCUCUCUUCAGUACCUACAGAUCUCCCUUUCCCUGCCUCAUAGUCUUUGAUGUAUUUAUUAUCUUUACCAUCAUCCUAUGCAAAACAGGUGGUCAUGAGGGAUGCUCAUGAGGGGUUCCUCCGCUGAAGGUCAUGAAUUCUCAUGCUUUCAACUAAAGUCUAAUUUGUAAAAUUAACUUCUUUCUAGAAAUUCUUCUUUAAACUACCUGGACUAAUCCUCCCUCUUUUCCAUCAAAAUUGUGAUCUGACAUUGCUGCGAGUGGGUAAAUAAUUCUCUCUCUAGCCCUGCAUCAUCACAUUAUAAUGAGGAGCACUCGAUAGCAUCUGGAAACACCUGAAUACCAUGUUCAAAGAAUGGCCUAAAAGUGCAAAGCCUUGUUAGGAAUUCAGAUGUUGGACAAGUAUUAGAGCGUAUUUUGUUUGUUUUGAAAAAACAUCCUUUCUCUACUGAGAUGCCCUGCAUUUGUGGUGCUUGAAUGUUCAGGGGGUUUUACUGGCUCUGUAUGGUCAAUGUUGUUAUUGUCUGGAGCUCAGCUGUCCUGUGACACAGCACCAGAGCCAUGCCUCCAGCUGAGGAGACAGUGUCCUCUGGGCUGUGGAGAGUUACCACAGGAAGAAUCUAACCCAAGCAGAAAAUUCCUGAUAUUUGGGUUAUUACAGAGCAGCCAGGUUGGAAGCUGAGGCCCUAAUUGCCCUAUGUAAUGAGAGAGGCCCUGAAAGAAAGGUGUGUGAUUGGAGCAGCACUUCAAGCUGGGAGCAAAAAAUCACAGUGGAGCAGUGCACAGCUCAGAGCUGCCCACUGUGGCACCUGCUCCAAGGCCAGCAUGAGCCCAUGGAAUCUCGGGCCAAAAGCCAAGACUUGGUUCCACUCCCAGAAAAGUCAACGAAACCCAUUUAAAGUGAAAUGAUUUCAUGCUGUACUGCAGGCUGAGUGACUUGGCAGCAUUACUGUUAAUAGCGUGGUACAUCCCAGGUACAAGUUAAUGAAGCACAGAGUUACAGCACUUCUGUGUAGCUGGUUAGUGGAGCCUGGGACUAAAACAUACUGAAACUGUCAUCUGUGGGCAGGAUUUCACCUGGCUUUCAGAGUCUGACUGCUCUGGGAACUACCCCAACAUUUUCCUACUUAAUAAAUCCCUUCCCAUGGUGCCAUUCUCAACAUCAUCUAAUGGCCAUCCCAUACUGAUAGAAGAGGAGCUAAAAUUUAUCAAGGAAUUCAGGACCUGAGUUGUCACCAGGGUGUUUUAUGUGGGAAGUGUUAAGACAGAAUGUGCUGAAGCCAGACACUAGCCAGGAAGAAGGGCAGGAACCACUGUGUAUCAGGAAUGUUAAACAUCACACAGUGAUGGUUCUGACAGUGCAGCAUUUCUUUUCCCUGUCCCCUUCCCUUAAAAUAGUUUUUCUUAAAUCACAAAACUUUGCCUUUCUUUUCUGCUUCACAGACAAGCAGAGCAACUACAGAAACAAUCUCCAGAGAUGUUCUGCAAAUAUUUUUCCUUCUUCAGUCUGUGUCUUUUCCUUCCAACCCAAAGGAGGUGCUCCCUGGGUCACGUAUCCAGCUUGCACAGCAGCGACACAACAUCCCUUCCUGGAUUUGAGAACCUCACCAUGGGAUACAACAAAUACCUCCGGCCCUACUUUGGUGGAGAACCUGUUCAAAUUGCAAUGAGUCUGGACAUUGCAAGUAUUUCCAGUAUAUCCGAGAGCAACAUGGAUUACACAGCUACCAUAUCCCUGCGGCAGCGCUGGACAGACCCCCGGCUGGUCUUCCACGGCAACAGGAGCUUCACGCUGGAUGCUCGCCUGGCAGAGCUGCUCUGGGUGCCAGACACCUACAUCGUGGAGUCCAAAAGGUCCUUCCUGCACGACGUCACCGUGGGCAACCGUCUCAUCAGGCUGUUCUCUAAUGGCACCAUCUUGUAUGCCUUGAGAAUCACUACUACUGUUGCCUGUAACAUGGACCUGUCAAAAUAUCCUAUGGACACACAAACAUGCAGACUGCAGCUAGAAAGCUGGGGCUAUGAUGAAAACGAUGUCACCUUCACAUGGCUGAGAGGAAACGACUCUGUCCAUGGCAUGGAGCAGCUGCGGCUCUCCCAGUACACGGUGGAGCGUUACUACACCCUGGUCUCCAAGUCACAGCAGGAGACAGGCAGUUACCCACGUCUGAUAUUACAGUUUGAGCUAAGAAGAAAUGUACUUUACUUCAUUUUGGAGACCUAUGUGCCCUCCACUCUGCUCGUCAUGUUGUCCUGGGUUUCUUUUUGGAUCACAUUGGACUCAGUGCCUGCAAGAACCUGCAUUGGAGUUACAACAGUGCUUUCCAUGACAACUCUGAUGAUCGGCUCACGAAGUUCACUUUCAAAAACCAACUGUUUCAUUAAGGCCAUUGAUGUUUAUCUUGGCAUCUGCUUCAGCUUCAUCUUUGGUGCCCUUGUGGAAUAUGCAGUGGCUCACUACAGCUCAUCACAAAAGUGUGCAGCUAAAGUACCUCAAGAGGGGCCGGCAAAUAAGAUCACUAAAGAAAUGGAAGAUGUCAACAUCACUAAUAUCCUCAACAAUUCCAUCACCAGCUAUAAACAGAAAAUCAGCUUCACAAGCAUUGAAAUUUCCAGUGAUAAUGUUAACUGCAGUGAUUUGACUAUGAAAAGCCAUGAGAAAAUCAAAUGUGUCUUGAGAAACAAAAUGCACAGGAUUAUUGGUUAUUUCACAAUUCAGAACCCUGGCAAUGUGGACCACUACUCCAAAUUGCUUUUCCCUUUGUUUUUCAUGCUGGUCAAUGUGUUUUAUUGGGCUUAUUAUCUAUAUUUUUAGUAGAAGUUAGUUGCUUCAUCCUCCUACUUCAGCAGGAAAGGAAUUGAGCCAAUGGGUAUCCAGGUAUCUAACAUCGAUGAAUUCAAUGUGGACAAAAUGCUUGUGUCCUCAGGUACCCAGCAGAAGAGUGUGUGAGGUGUUCAAGAUGCAACACUGACUCUGGACAGCAGCCUGUUCAGCUGAGUGGCUGUGCUGGGCCCUGUCACUCGUACCUGUGUUUCCUUCCAGCAUCUCACCUGCUGGAGAUGGGUGUGCAGGACUGCACGAAGCAGAGCACUACAGGUGGCAAAAUUGUUUUGGUAGCCUGGAGCAGGUUAGAACCUUCAAGUUUAGAUCUCCAAGAGAGUGUAUAGGAUUAUACAAACAAAAACAAAGCUGUUAUUCUUUGUUUGCCAGAGAUAACAGAGGGACUGUGAUUGCUUCCUCAGUAGCUGCUCUGUUGCAGUGGGAGAAGCCGAGCACAGCAGCACUCUGUGCUCAGGAGCGUUCCUGUGCAUGGUGCUUCCUGGGGGCACGCGGUGCCAGGCCGGGGAUUUUGGUCCUGCUGGCUGUGGUGUGCCUCAGUGCUUUUAACGCCUGUCACUCAUUGAGGUAAUCCUCACUUGCUGAAGUUCUCCCUCCCUCAGACAGACAGAGGGCUUGCUGUUUGUAGUGAGCAAAAUUUUUUCAGAGAUUUGGGAACACAAAAUAGAGGCAGCAAAAUUGUUUGGUAACCCAUCUCUUAUACUCCUCCUGCUGUGCUGCUGUUGAACAGAUUCUACCACCUUCCAUGUCUUCCUCACACAUUAUUUUUCAUCCUGGAGAAUGCUUCCUUCAGCUCUCACUGUUAUAAGCAGCUCUCAUUUCUUGCCAGCCACAGGCUUGAGUGGUCCAUUUGUCAUCCCCUCUUUUAUGUGGCUGUGCAGCUGUGGCAAGUCAAUACUGCUGGGUGAAAAACACGUGUGGGCUGAGGGAGGGUAGUCUAAAUCACCCUUUCACUCUCUAUUUUAGCCUGGAAAAGUGCUACUUUUCUGCAGAAAUUCAGAUUCUAAGUGGGCUCUGGAAACUGCCCAAAGUCAUCUUUGUUUAUCCUGCAAUCAGCAGGACCCAGAGCUUUCUUUUAAAGAUAAAUUCAAUGUGGUGCACACACAGUUAUGUGCCAUUUGGUACUGUGCAGCUUAAGGCUACUGAAAGUCUUUAUUUCCUGGUUAUAAAAUUGACAUUUUAUGGCAGGUUUCUCCCCGACCUUUUUUGGUCUAUGCUACUUUUGUAACUGGGAGGGUGUAAUCCUGCAGUUAUGUGGGCAGGACUGGAAUUGCCUGCAAUGGCCGCCAUUCAGCACAGUUCUGACUGAGGCCUCUCAGCAGGCAGCUUAUAUUACAGUGUUUGCUUAGUGUAAGAAUCUCUUAUUGGGGAUUCCUCUACAAGGUGGGCAGAGCAUGCAAAACUAUAGAUUUUUUACUUUAAUAACUUUUUAUUGAACCACUUCAGUGUGCUAUAUUGUGAGGGAUCUAAACCUCAUAUUCAUAAAUCAUAGCUUUUACAAAAAGCAGCACGAGAAAACAAAGGGGAACAGACUGACAAUGGCAAGUGAAUAAACACAAACUCCAAUAAUGAAAUGUUGUCUUGUAUAUACCGGCAUUUAAAGUCCAUUCCAUAAAAUGUAAUAAAGUGAACGUUUGUGAUAUGAACACAACCCC